UCUUAACUCAAUAACAACAACGAUACGCAGCAAAACCGUAAAUUUAGCGAAAAAAAGAACUAAACAAGAUAAUAAAAUUUAUUUAUAAUGUGCAAUGUGCGAAUUUUGUGAUAGCAUGUAUAAAUAACAUUCAUAUAUUUAUGCGUUUAUUAUAUAAAAGUGGUGCAAUUAAAUGGGUGAAUUGUCAAACUUGAACGAAUAGGAGCUAGUGCAACAACAAAAACAUGAAAAAUACAAAGACACGGCAAACAAGAAUGGCCCAGUAAUGAUGGCCUAGUGAAAGAAAAACAAUUGUGCCCUCAAAGAAAAUAAUCCAAUAAACAGCAACUGCGCAACUGCUCUUGUUGCUCGAUUCCAUACCUUAACAAGUUUCUCUCGAUUUUCUUUGUUGGUUUUGUGGAAUUAAAAAUAUUUCGUUUUGGGCGGCAAAUUGUCUUUACCAAACGUAAAACUGGGAAAAAUUAUGAACUUGUGUUCAUCGGUGGGUGCUACAGCAUCAUCGACAUCGUUAGAAUCGGACGAUCUACAGCAAGAGAUAACAACAGCCUGCGGCGGCGGCGGAGGUGGUGGCGGUGGUAGCACAUCCAACUCAUCAGCCGGCGGCGGAGGUGGCGGAGCGGUAACCACCCUUACCACCCAUUGUUUUGGUAAUUUAUCAGCACCCACAUUACAUUCAGCAGCAUCAUCGUCGUCAUCAUCGACACAUCAUCACCAUCAUCAUCAGGGGAACAGUAGUUCGAACAACAACGAAAUGCCACCAGAAACCAGACCCAAAAUGGUGACUGUUAAGCACCCAGAAUCGAAUAAGCCCAAGCCGACAAUGAAAAAGCCCAAGCCCAUACAAGCAGAUCAAGAUGUUCUCAAAGCACUGCAGAGAUGUAGAGAUGAAGGUAUCAAACGCUUGGAUUUAAGCAAAUCUUCUAUUACCGUCAUACCGCCCAGUGUCAAGGACUGUGUACACUUAACGGAAUUGUAUUUGUAUAGUAAUAAAAUUGGUCAAUUGCCCCAGGAGAUAGGUCAUUUGGUGAAUUUGAAAACCUUGGCCCUAAAUGAGAACUCACUGACUUCGCUGCCCGAUACGUUGCAGCAUUGCAAACAACUGAAGGUGCUGGACUUGAGACAUAACAAACUCGCCGAAAUACCAGCAGUGAUAUACAAACUACGCUCCCUUACCACACUGUAUUUGCGAUUCAAUCGCAUUACAACAGUGGCCAAUGAUCUGCGUAACUUGACCAAUCUGACUAUGUUGAGUUUGAGAGAGAAUAAAAUACGCGUGCUGGGCGAUUGCAUAGGAGCUUUGGUCAAUCUGACCACCUUAGAUGUUAGUCAUAAUCAUUUGGAACACUUGCCCGAGGACAUCGGCAAUUGUGUCAACUUAAGUGCUUUGGAUUUACAACAUAACGAGCUGCUGGACAUUCCCGAGACCAUAGGCAAUCUUAAGAAUCUGGUGCGUCUGGGUUUGCGCUACAAUCGCCUGAGUUCCAUACCGAACGCCUUGAAGAACUGCAAGUGUAUGGAUGAGUUCAAUGUGGAGGGAAACAGCAUUACACAACUGCCUGAUGGUCUGCUGGCUUCGCUGAGUGCUCUGACCACUAUCACUUUGUCACGCAAUGCCUUCAGCAGUUAUCCCACUGGAGGUCCUGCCCAGUUCACCAACGUCUAUAGUAUUAACUUGGAGCACAAUCGCAUCGAUAAAAUACCCUAUGGCAUAUUCUCGCGGGCCAAGGGUCUCACCAAACUGAACAUGAAGGAGAAUGUACUGACAGCCCUGCCCUUGGAUGUGGGCACUUGGAUCAAUAUGGUCGAACUGAAUUUGGCCACCAAUGCUUUGCAAAAGCUGCCCGAUGACAUUAUGAAUUUGCAAAAUCUCGAAAUACUGAUACUGUCCAAUAAUAUGCUCAAAAAGAUACCCAAUACCAUAGGGCAAUUGCGUAAAUUACGCAUUCUAGAUCUGGAGGAGAAUCGCAUUGAAGUGUUGCCAAAUGAAAUAGGACUGCUGCAUGAAUUGCAAAAGCUCAUACUGCAGACAAAUCAAAUGUCCAUGUUGCCGCGCAGCAUAGGCCAUCUGACAAAUUUGACCCAUUUGUCGGUGAGCGAGAACAAUCUACAAUUUCUACCCGAGGAGAUUGGCUCCCUGGAGAACUUGGAAAAUCUCUACAUCAAUCAAAAUCCCUGUCUGGAGAAGUUGCCCUAUGAGUUGGCUUUGUGUACAAAUUUGAAAUAUCUCAACAUUGACAAGUGUCCCCUGAGCACCAUACCGCCCGAGAUACAGGGUGGUGGCCCAUCGCUGGUAUUACAAUGGCUAAAAAUGCAUUCUCCCUAUAGGCAGAUGUGAGUGGACGGUGAGUUACGUACAUAUUACGUAGGCAAUCCCUAUUAUUAUCACCACCAUCACCAUCAUCAUGAACAAGGAAUAGCACACCAGCAACAGGAACAGGAGAACUAACAGAGAACAAGAACAAAAUGUGUAAUAACAUGAAAACUAAAAGCCAGAACGAGAAAAAUCUCUAAUCAUAUCGAAUAGGAAAGCCAAAAAAUUUCCUUGAUUGUCGAAAAAAGCCAACAAACAAACAGACAGACAGCCAACAUGUAGAUUUCUUUCCUUCUUGCUUGUUUUGUGGAUUUUAAGAUGACUAUUCCAUUUGUGACGAUCAAACUAAUAAUCAAGAAAGUUAAAUCAAAACAAAAACCAACAACCAGAAAAAAACUACUAAAUCCACAUUGAACUCCCUGCUUGGGGAGAUUAGAGAUCGUGUAAAAAGUAUAUAUAAAUACAUUGUACUUUAAAGCUUUAAUUUAUACAAAAAAGAGAAAAAAACAAAAAGCCAAAUCCAGCUUCAUCAUUUACUACCCACAUACCACAGAGAAACACUACCAAGCUGAUCACAAGCCAAUAAUUGGGAAAGCUUACUCUUAAUUUCUUUCCCAACAACACAUCGAUAGCAGAAAACCCAACAAUCACAUCACAAAAGAGGACAGCAAAAUUCAAAUGAACUUCAAAGUCGUUGUAUUCAAGUUAAAAGACUUUGAACAAGUCCUGCUGGUGAUGCUGCCGUCAUGAUUUUAUUUUUUACCAUAUGUAUUUCAAUGCAAUCAUCAAUAAGAGUAAAUCCUAUGCUCAUCCCAAAAAAAAAACAGUGUCCAAGAGAUUAUUACACUUAAAACAAAUAAACCGAUAGACAGACCGACAUUAUCAAUAAAUUUCCACACAUUUUAAGGCCAAUAAUGAAGGUAAUAAGAAACAAAAACAAACAUUUAUUAUUUAAAUCUAGUCAUAUUUAAUUAAAAUGAGAUUAUAUACUUUGUGUUUUUGAAAGAAAGGUUCUAUUUUUAGAGACUAUUUUAUUUUUAUUGUCUAAAAACAACAACAAAAACAUACAUAAAAGCUUUAAAUAUUUAUAAACACUAAAUUCAUUUCAUUGAUCAUUACCUUUAAAUGUUUAAGUUGAAAAUCAUAUAAAUAUAUAUUUUUUGUAAAAGAAUAUUUAAAAUACAUAGAAAAACAACAAUAUUAUUUAAAGAAAAAACUCGCGCCAAGGAAUUGUUAAAACAAAAAAAUUAUUAAAUUUAAUAUACAUACAUUUAGAUUAAAAGCAAAAAAUAAAACAUUAAAUAAUUAUAAUAAUAAUAAUUUAAAGUAGACAUUACGAUACAACUUGUUAGUUAUAUUUGUAUGUAAAAAUGAUCACUCAUACAAAAAACACACAAACAUUUAGGUGAAUGAGACAAUUCGACGAUGAAACCGUUUGUUAUAUUUGUUUACUAGCUGAACUGUGUCCGCUCCGCUGCACCUUCUUUAACACUCUCAUAUCUUUUUAAGGUGGCGACACUUCGCCCUGAAUGCGGAUAUCGAAUUCGUGCCAUUGUAGCCUAUGAAGCUGAACGCGAAAACAUCGAACAAAGCGGUGUUUAUUCCCUCUUAAUGUUGGCGACAUUUGCGAGGUACAAUGCCAUGCAUAGUCAUUUAAAAAAUUUUCCCCAAAAAGGUGUAGCACUGCGGGACGCCGUUCGGACUCGGCAAUAAAAAAAGGUCCCUUAUCAUUGAGUUUAAACUUGAAUCGGAAAGCAAUCAUUGAUGUGUGGGAAUUUGCCACUUCUCGGUUCCUGGUGGUAAUGUUCUUCUUUAGGGCAAUGUUCUCAUUAGGGGAGGGAUGGCACCGCAGACAUUUCGACCCAAAUAUGGAUAUCAAAUUCAUGCAGCACUUCUAAAUCCCUUUUAAUUUGCGACCCAUAUUGCCAUGGCCGGUAAAUAUGAACCGUUUGGAGGAUGUUUUAGGGCUGGGGCGGCCACCGGCACUUUGCAAUAAAAGUAGAUAUGAAAUUCGUUCUUUAUUCCUAACGGAAAUGAAGUUCAGUUUAGGGGUUGCUUUAGGGCUUGCCCCAAAACACUUGGCUCCAAAAUUUGACAUCUAAUUCGUUUUCUACUCUCAAAUACCUUUAAUUUGAGUUCCAUAUUGUCAUAAUGGUUCAAAUAACCCAUUUGACGUUUCUUUAGAAGGAAAAGCGCCACCUAGACUUGAACGCAAAUUUUAAUGUCAUAUUCGUAAUCUACUCCCUAAUACCUUUGAUUUAAGUCCCAUAUAGCCGUGGUCGGCUAAUAUGCCCAUUUGGGGUAUUUGUGGGUGGGCGACCUCCCAUUACUUGGACCUAAUGUUCUAUGUCAUAUUUGUAAUCUGCUGCCGCUCCGCUCCCUUCUGUUAUCAAAUAAUUAUGAAAUCUAUUCCUAUUUCCUGACCGUAUUCGUAAUCUACACCAGAAUACCUCUCAUUUGAGUCCCAUAUUGUCAUGAUUGUCAAAAAAACCUAUUUUAAGGGGUUUUGGGGCUGGGGCGGCCUCCCAGGUACUUGAACCCAAAUUUGAUUACGAAAUUCGUACUCUACUCUUGAACACCUUUCAUUUGUAACUGUCCCGAUCGGUCCACUUUUAUUUUUGGGUAGUGCUUUUUACUUGUCAUCAAGCUGAUCGUAGUUUUGUCAACACACACAAAGAAAUGUGUGUGCACGUGUGUAUACAUGUGCGUACAUGAGCAGAGAAUAUGCGAGAAAGAAGAUAAGAACAAAGAGAAUGCAAAAAUCUGUCAUCUUAAUACCGUCAAACCUGGCCAGCUGUUAAACCUAUCCGAAUAUAAAGAAGGAUUUGGUAGAAAGAUUAACUAUUUGGAAUACUUCCAAUAAAUCAUAGGGCUUAAUUUUUUUUCGUUGUGGGCUUUCCGAAUGUUAAACAUUGUACCCCAACGCAACAUCGUACCCGAACUAAACCCAACAAUUGAUGGCUAAACAUGUCACAGGGAUUGUUGUUGUAGCCACAUAUGCACUCUCGUUCUGGUCUAUACGAUCGAUCGCCGCGAGAACAUGAUGGUCAUUGGUUAUUUAAUGGCGCCAAUAUCUCGCCUUGUCGUAGCGAGCAUCAUAGGCUAUACGACCGAUCGCCGCGAGAACAUGAUGGCCAUUGGUUAUUAAAUAGCGCCAAUAUCUCGCCUUGUCGUAGCGAGCAUCAUAGCCACUCAGUAUUUAAGCGUAUUUAAGCAAGUGACGGUGCCACCGACCUCUCACUCACUGAGACUCUCCACUCUAUACCGCUAAUUGUCCGCGACUGCAGUUACAGCUUUUCCUUAUGAAGUUCCAUACUCUGUAUGCGCCCGCCACCUGUGGACGCACCCGGUAGCUUCCAGCCAAGCUUCUCGUGAUAGCAAAGAAUACCACACAGAUUGAAGCUCAAAGUUCCAGCCUGUGUAAUGCUCACACUUACCCCGUGCCGGGAUCGUUAUAUUUUGUUAUCAGUUUUGAGGCAAUGGUUUUAAAUGCUUUGAAAGGCGGGCUCUGACAUUAUAUCUUCAAAACUCUCAGCUUAGUUCUUUUUUUUACUCUUUCCUUUCGGUCCUUGAAAUCAUUAUGCGAAUAUAGCGCUACAGUUGCUUUCACAUCUUCAUAAGAAAAGUUAUGAUUUAGAACCAAAGUUAUAUUUUGUCAAUUUUCCUUCUUAAUAAUCUUCAGUUUUGUCUAGGGGGAAUGGAAAACUGAAACCAGCAAUAAACUUGAUUAUCCUCUGUGGUCCUUGCCCCCCCAUUUUAUGAGACCGUACGAACUGUUAUAUCGUCAGGUUUUUAUUAUUGUAGCAGUGUGUUGUAUACUGAGGCGGCAGACCUUGCCGAUGAAAGACUUCAUUGGGUCAAUCGGAUAGGCCAUGGGAUAGGAACAUAGCAAUGCCAUCCGUCGUACUGAUAUUUACAAAAGUACCAUUUGGUACCGAUUACUUGGUUAGGUGUUUGUGCAUAAUGGCAAGGGGCGGAUUAAUAUCCGCACCCUCUUUUCAACCUAACCUAAACAUUUGGUUUUCAUCAAAGUAGGAAACGAAAAGUCUUUACACACAUACAUACAUCUACUCAUACACGUAUUAUGCAUACAUAUAAAAAAACAACUUGUAGAUGUUUAUAUGUUAUAUGUGUUAAACAAAAACAAGUAAGAAAUCAUAAUAAAAAUAAUAAAAGUUUCAAACUAAAUAGAAUAAACAAAAAAAGUAUAUAAAUACAUAUAUAUAUAUAUAUGAUAAUUUUUUAUGUUUAGAAAAUAGAAUAUAUUUUAGUAAUUAAAUUAAAAGCUAAAAAAAAAUAUACUAACAAUGUAUUAUGAAAAAAAUAAAUCACACAUAUAUACAAUUUAUAAUUUUUUCAAUCUUUAUCAAUUUCAAACAUUGAAAGUAGAAUGAUAUGAUGUAACAUGGAUGUCAGAGACCCACAUACAUCUAUAUCGUCUUCUAAAAUUUAUGUAUUUCCGUUUUCUUUAGCUUUAUAUAUAUAUAUAUAAACUAAAUUUUAAGUUCUAUAUUUAUUUAAAUUAAAUGUUUUUUUUUUAAAUCAACUUUUCCUUAGUUUUUUUAAAGUUUUAAUUUCGAUUUUUUGCUUGCAAUUGUUUUUGCAUACAUAUAGAUUUUUAUUGGGAUUUCAAGUACAGCGAACUUCUGAGUUUUCCCCAAAAACACGGACUGUAAACUCUGCCACAAAUUUGGAUGUCAGAUUCGUACCCCAAUUCCAAUUAUCUUUCAUUUGGCACCCAUAUUGUACUAAUCAGUCUACAUGUCUCGUUCAGGGGGUUUUUAGGUAUGAGCAAUUGUCCAGCACUCUCCCAAAAAUUAUUGCCAGAUUAAUACUCUACUGCCAAACACUCAUCAAUUGAAACCCACAUUGUCUCUAUUGACCUACAUUACAGUUGUGGGAUAUUUUGGGAAUUGUCGGCCCCAGACACCUGACCUCAAAUUUGGAUUUCAGAUUCCUGCACUUCUCCCACAAACUUCUUUUGAGGCCCAUAUUGUUUGGACCUACAGUCCGUUUUGGGACCUUUCGCUGGGACUUCUCGAUACUGUUGGACAUCACAUUCAUUCUCUUCUCCCAAAUACCUUUCAUUUAAGUCCCAUAUUGCCCCGAUCGAUCCACAGGUCCGGUUUAGAGCCCCUUCGGGAGUGGGGUUUUCAAGUUUCAUAUCGACCUCUACCCCCAAAGACCUUUAAUAUGAAGCAAAUACUGUCAUGAUCGCCUGCUGCUUUGUAGUUCUUUAGCCUGUAUUUAAGGCGUUCUCCCAGAGACUGGGCACCGAAUUUUGAUAUCAGCUUCCCUC